AUGAACCAUGAUAGCAACAACACGCAGGCCGUCAAAUUGACUGGCGAAGAGGUGGCCAAGCACAACAGCGCCGAAUCAUGCUGGGUCAUUGUCCAUGGACGCGCCUACGACGUGACAGAGUUUCUUCCCGAACACCCUGGUGGCCCCAAGAUUAUCCUCAAGUAUGCUGGAAAGGACGCCACUGAAGAAUACGAGCCCAUCCACCCUCCAGACACCCUCGACAAGUUCCUGGACAAGAGCAAGCACUUGGGCGAGGUCGAUAUGAAUACCGUUCAGCAGGAGGCCAAGGAGGAGGAUCCCGAUGAGGUCGAGAGACAAGAAAGAAUCAAGCGCAUGCCUAUUCUUGAGCAAUGCUACAACCUGAUGGACUUUGAAGCUGUGGCCAAGAGAGUCAUGAAGAAGACGGCCUGGGCUUAUUACUCAUCAGGUGCUGAUGAUGAAAUUACUAUGCGUGAAAACCACAGCGCCUUCCACAAGAUUUGGUUCAGACCCAAGGUUCUCGUUGAUGUUGAGAAUGUUGACAUGUCGACAACGAUGCUGGGUACCAAAGUCAGCAUGCCUUUCUACGUAACAGCAACUGCUCUGGGCAAGCUGGGAAACCCCGAGGGAGAAGUCGUCUUGACCCGUGGCGCAAAGAAGCAUAAUGUCAUUCAGAUGAUCCCUACUCUAGCAUCUUGCUCUUUCGACGAGAUUAUGGAUGCUGCUGAGGGCGAUCAAGUUCAGUGGCUCCAACUCUACGUCAACAAGAAUAGAGACAUCACAAAACGCAUCAUCGAGCACGCCGAAAAGCGUGGCUGCAAGGGUCUCUUCAUCACCGUUGAUGCACCUCAGCUCGGUCGCCGUGAGAAGGACAUGCGUUCCAAGUUCUCCGACGUCGGCAGCAACGUCCAAAGUACUGGUGGCGACAAUGUCGACCGUAGCCAAGGUGCCGCUAGAGCAAUUUCCUCCUUCAUCGAUCCUUCGCUCUCCUGGAAGGACAUUCCUUGGUUCAAGAGCGUCACUAAGAUGCCUAUCCUACUCAAGGGGGUUCAAAGAGUCGAGGAUGUGAUUAGAGCUGUUGCUGCAGGCGUCGACGGUGUCGUGUUGUCCAACCACGGAGGUCGCCAGCUCGAUACAUCACGAUCUGGUAUUGAGAUCCUUGCUGAGACCAUGCCCGAGUUGCGUCGUCUGGGUCUCGAGAACAAGAUUGAGAUUUACAUUGAUGGCGGUAUCCGCCGUGCCACUGAUAUCCUCAAGGCUCUUUGUCUUGGUGCAAAGGGCGUGGGUAUUGGCCGUCCUUUCCUUUACGCCAUGUCAGCAUAUGGUUUACCUGGUGUUGACCGCGCUAUGCAACUCCUCAAGGACGAGAUGGAGAUGAACAUGCGCUUGAUCGGCUGUAGCAGCAUCGAUCAGCUGACACCUGAGCUUGUGGAUGUCAGGAGUUUGCACACACAUACUGCACCUGUGGCACCAGACACACUCAGUGUUGCCGCAUACGAUCCUCUGGCCGGUCCCAAGGAGAGAUUGGCCAAGUUGUGA